AGGCCUGACUCGUCCCUGGGCCCAGGAUAUGCAAGCCUACCCUCCCAGGGCUAGCCUGCACUAACAGGGCCCCGGCAACCACCGAGACAAGCUGACCUGUGGCGCCGACCAGCCAGGCGCUCUGGGCCCAGUCUGCCACCUGUCCUAGCUCCCUGGGCAAAGGUCACCUACGUGCUCGAUAGAGGCUCCAGGGCAGGGAGGCCAAGCUCUCAGAUGGCACAUCCACUAGAGGAUCGCUCUGAGUCCCAACUGGGGACAAAGAAGAUGGAUCACAUGUCUCCCAGGCUAAGAGCCUUCCUCUCUGAACCCAUUGGAGAAAAGGAUGUUGCCUGGGUGGACGGGAUCAGCCGUGAGCUUGCAAUCAAUUUGGUCACCAAAGGUUUCAACAAGGCCUACAUCCUGUUGGGACAGUUCCUUCUGAUGCACAAGAAUGAGGCCGAGUUUCAGAAGUGGCUCAUUUGUUGUUGCGGCGCCACCGAGUAUGAGGCCCAGGAGAGUUCCAACUGUCUGAAGGAGUGGUGUUCCUGCUUCCUGUAAACACCCCCCCCCCCUUACUCUGAUGCCUGGGUAAACAACACACUCUGUACUGACA